CGACGUUCCGACUGCCCUCAGCUCGCGGCGUUCGUCAACUCAGGAUCGCCUUUUGUGUCAGCAAGAAAAAAACCUUAGAACUGUAAUUUGUAAUAGGUAUUGUAUCAACGUAAGAAAAAAAAACUCUAUGCAUUCCUAAAGACUGACUAGAAAAUAAUUAUAGACCCUUUACGACACUUAGAACUAAGAUGAGACCCAGUGGAGAAAAUUUGAUUUGAGAUAAUCAGUGAAACUUUAGAGACGAGUGAUGACCUAACAAGAGAAUUACAUGAACUCGUUGCGAAUCUGAAAAUCUGAAAGUAUAACCGAAUGACCAAACUCCUUGAGAAAAUAUCGCGGUAAUUUGUUUUGUCAAGAAAAUCAGAGAAGAAAGAAAAAUGGAAGCUGAGACAGUCGAAGAAAACCCGACCAUUACAAAUGGAAGAAAUGAUGAUUCUGACUCAGUUACUGGUGACUCGGAGCCAGGCGCAGUAAGAGGUGCCUCGCCGCAAAAACCAGCGCCAACCUACAACCCGUACCAGCAAUUUGUGGCCACCAGACCUCCGGAGCAAAGCAGACAGCAGUUAGGCAACCAACCACUAGGCAACCAACCCCCUCGGCCUGAGCUCCGCAACUACUCAAACCCGAACGUAAGGCCGCCUCCUCAACAAACUCAAGGAUAUCCACCGAACUGGAAUAGGCCACAAGCACCCACACAAGGACCUCCGCAAGGGCCUCCACAGGGACCUCCACAAGGAGACCCAAGAGCCGGUCCCGGAUUCCGUCCGGCGCCUUCAGACUACCGCCAACCAGCACCCGGACAACAAACCCCACCCGGGUACAGACCCCCACCUCCAGACUACCGAUUCCAGAAUCCAGACUAUCGACCUCCACCACCCCCCGGUUCCCGACCUCCGGGACCCCCUGGACAGCCCGGACCACCAGGUCCACCACAGAGUGUAAGGUACCGACAGCCGAUCAACCCCGAGUACCGGCCGCGACCUCCACCCCCGAACCAACCACGCCCACCGGGCCCACCCGACGGUGCGUUCAGACCACCCUCCAACCCGGACUACAGACCGCCCUACCGACCGCCAGAGCAGUACCAACGUCGCGAUGAAACGGCUGAUAACGGGGACUACCAAGAGAAACAAAAGAAAGUAAGCUUCGAUCCAAAUGUACAAAGGUCCGACUCACAGUUACAAAGUCCGACCGGCGAGAGGGCGCCACCUUCUAGCAUAAUCCGAAGACAAUCCGCGUGGACUAUCCUCAAGGAGAAACUACCAACAGACCCGCGGCUUCAGAACAGCGUGGAGUACCAGCAGAAAUCCUCCGUGGAGUACGUGAGAGCCAACAUGAACCCAACCCCCGCGCCGUACCCCCAGCAAAUCGACUCGCCGAAAACGAAGGAGUUCCGGGCAGCAACGCCCGAGGGCGUGGUUGAGGGUAAACUACCCCCGGACAUGAUGCGCAUGAAGAGCAUGUCCGGACGCGAGACGCCGACGAGGGGGAUGAUGACGCCAGAAGGGCGGGACAGCCCGACGACGAUGCACUACCCCCCGGUACCGACGGGGUACCGUCCCUCCAGCAGCCCGCAAUACGCAGCUCGAAGGGAUUCAAACGACAAGCAGAUGAUGGAACCCCGGCCAGCCACGGCGAUGGAUCGACGCGACACACCACCCAUGAUGCGCCCACGUCUCGAUGAAGACGACCCGAACCGGUUCAACCCCCGGAGGCCACCCGACGGUGCACGUCCGGAGAGCCCUGCGGACAUGUUCCGCAAACCCCCAACCCCGCGCAACGGGGUGCCACCCCCGAUGAUCCAGAGGAUGGACUCGAGGGCGUCGAUCGGCGAAGCCGAUCGCUUUCCCCCGAUGGCGGCGAAGCCGCCAACCCCACGAUACCCGGAGGCUUCGCCCGUGGGCUACGACGGACGACGCCCCGAGGACUACACAGGGCCAUAUGGUCCUCCACGGCCGCCCGUGGACUACGCGCGGACCCCACCGCGGACUCCGGGUCCUCGGCUCCAGAACGGGGGCGAGUAUGUGAAGAUGGAGGAAGUAGAACAGCGUCCGCAGAAGCCGAUGACUUUGGACUUGAACUCGGCGAACCGGGUAGGAACCCCGGAGAGGCCGGGUAACGGGCGGAUGGGCGGCGAUGCCAGGACGCCGGAUCAAAAGCCCGGGGAAGUCAGGAGAGCCAGGAUCGUCAUUGAAGAUGGUGAUCAUGACAGUGGCGUUGACGAAUCUACACAAAGAAAGGAUUUAUCUACGAACGGCGACUUCAAAUCGCCUCUCAAAUCACCGACGAAGAUCCCCGGAUUGAAGAAAUCGCCGUCUACGAGAACAGCACGAACGCCAACCAGGAGCAAUCCGAAGACACCCGAUGAGCCAUCGGAAUCACAGGAAAGGAAAAAAGUGCCAAUGAACAAAAUCCAAGUAGGGGCAGCGCCGUCGCCCAAUUUAAAAACAGUUACAAGUAAAAUUGGUUCUCUACAAAAUGCAAGCUAUAAACCAGGAGGUGGGAAAGUCAAAAUCGAAUCAAAGAAACUAGACUGGAAGGCUGCCCCUAGAAUAGCGGCGAAAAAUGAAACUUACCAGCCGAGUGGUGGUGAAAAAAAGAUUCAGCAGCAAAAACUACAAUGGAACGCGAAAUCUAAAAUAGGAUCCCUAGAAAAUGCGACUUACAAACCAGGUGGAGGAGACAAAAAAAUAGAAACGAUAAAGCUAGACUUCAAGGACAAGGCGAAACCCAAGAUAGGAUCCAAAGAAAAUGUGAAGCAUAUUCCGGGAGGAGGUACUGUCAAGAAUCUUAGAGCGUCGAGAUCUCGGUCUAGGCCACGUAAUGGCCCUCAAAUUGAGGAACACAAACUUGAGAUCAAGGCCCAAAGCAAAGUAGGAUCGCUGGACAAUGUCAAAUACAAACCUGGUGGAGGCGAUAAGAAAAUUUUCGACGACAAGGAGUAUUUGAAGCAGAUGGCAGCCACAAGUGGUGCUAAAUUAGAAAGUGAACACGCCUCUGCGUCCCAGAGUCCAGCACAAAGCGCACAUUCUUCACGUAGUCACAGCAGAGAUCCUUUGCGCUAAGUUUUUUGUGCACCGCACUUGCAAUGCUUUAUAUUCCAUCUGCAACAGUAUUUACGAAUUCACCAUUCACCUAUUGUCGUCUCAUCGAUCAUCAAAAACAUUCUCAUUAUUCACCAGCAAUUUGUCCGUCGAUACAUAUCUCCGUUGUUGUUGCCCUCUUCAUUAUCAUCUGUCUGACUCAUACUCAAAAAAGUCCAAAAAGUACAAAAGAACAUGGACGAAUCCCAAAAGAACGAAUCCAGUUUGGAUUCGGCGGUCAUUUUCUGGUUCUCUUGAAUCGUCACUUUAGCCAUCCAGGUUGUAAUACAAAACGAAAGAAAUUUAAAAAAAAAAUAGGAAAAUUGAGGGAUCAUUGACUUAAGUCUCAUUUUUUUCGGUUUUUGGACUUUUUGGGCCAUUUUACACCCCAAGAUUACUGUUGACUGUCACGGAAAAUUAUCUGCCCUGUAAUGCAUAAGAAAUAAGUAUAAUAAAUUCGGUAAAAAUGGAAUACUCUAAACACAGAUGUUGGUCUCAAUCACCCUAUCAAUGUCUUUUCUUGAAAAAAUCUUUUUGAGAACGUGAACCUAUUAGAGUCCCCGAAAGCUAGUAGAAAAAUAAUUUAGAUUGUUUGUGUGUGUCCGUUCAAAAAUCCCCUGCCAAAAAACCAGAGGCUGCUAAAGUCAGAUUGUCUACCAAGCCAAUUUAUCAGGAUUUUUCUUGUUUCUGAAAGUGCCAUGUGUCAAAGACGGUGGGGAAUUUUUCUGAAAAAAGGUGCAGAUAGUUUUCCAGGAGCAAAAAUUAAUUUUAGGUGGAAAAUUUGACAGACAUGGUCUGUUUCGGCUGUCCUCGCGAUGAUGACGUUUUAAUUAACUGGUCCUUAUGAUAACCAUCACUUUGAAAAUUUCCAGUACAUCUUUGGCGUGCCCUGCCAAAGGAAAUUGUAUGGUGGUAUUUUAUGAUGAAUGGUUUUAAGAGCAUUGAUGUUUACCUUAUCUCACAGCCCUUUCAAUUUCAAAAGUCAUGAAAAGAAUUUUCAAUUACCUCUGAAAUAUGGUGGAAGAUGUAUGUAUGCUGUAUAAUUUGGAACCAGUUUUUAAGGAGAGGAAAUGGUAGUUUUUUGCCGACUUUUGGAGUUACCAUGUUUAUUUUAAAUCGAUGGCAAUGCGUUUUCCGCAUUUGAGGCGUUUAUGACAGAAAAGAGGGCCUUAUGCUCUCAUCAACGUAUCGAUUCCAACAACUGAGAAAAUUGUGCCUAAUACACUUGAUUAUGUUGCGACACGUAUAAUUAAUUGAAUCAUGCAAAUUAUCCUCUUUUCUUUUUAACUAUUUCUAUUUGGCAACUAAUGCAAAUAAAAUUCAAGGAUGUGUAAGACGUUAUGAGUGACCGAAAAAUGAUUCUCAUCACUAAGAGAUAAAAGAAUCGUAUUUGUAAAGUAUAUUUCAUUGUCAAAAUUGGCAAAGCUAAAAUAAAGUUAUAUGUUCUAAUUGUAAAUAUUGUACAUACACGUUAGCAUAGGUAUAUAAGGUUUUAUUCUUCUUUAUGAAUAUAAAGUUUAAAGUUAUUUUGAAUUCCUUUUAAAAUUUAAGGUGUGAGGCGCAGUCACAUUUUUAAUUGUUCCUCGACAUCAAAUAGCCAAUAAGAGAUCUAAAAGACAAAUUUCUAACUUUAAAUGUUCUAAAAAUGUAUUUUUUUCGUUUAACCCGCCGUCUGCUUCUUAUAAAACGCGUCUCGGAAUUAAUAUAGUUUGACCAAUAAAGCUACGUAAAAUUUAUUACCAAUCUAUCAUUUUUUUCAACAAUAAAUGUUUUAUUAGGUUUCAUUUUAAAGAUUCGCGAAAAAAAUAGCAAACAUCGAAAUAAAGGUUUACUUGACACAUGGAGUUCAUAGAGUCCCGUCGAUCUCAUGCCAAAAAACAACAAGUAACAUGACUAAUCGUAAAAUUAUUAUGUAAAGAGUAGAGUUUCUCAAGGGAGAAAUUAAUGACAUCACCAGUGGCGUGGCGUGCUUUGCGAAGUGUCGAUUAAUCUGCCAUUCAAUCCCAGGAAAAGGAUCGAUAAACAGGGUGUUCGCAACGAACUCCUUAAAAAUUGAUCCAUUACCCUAGCUUCAAAUAGGGAAACAUCGAUAAACGAUCAUUCACGCUUCGCCACUGGACAUCAAAUGUUGCUAUAAAUUUAAUGGCAAUUUUUUUUCACCAAAGAACAAUUGCUUACAUAUUCUCUUGAAAAUUUGAGGGAAGAGAAAAUUUCCUGAGACUUUUUAAGCAAUAUCAGUACAACUGUCUACUUAGAAACAAAUGAACUAUCCACUGAAAUCUUGCAUACGGUGAUACCUCUUGGUUUCUAUUCGAGAAAUACAGCCCAUUUUCAUUGAGGAUGUGUCACUUUACUCUUAGGUCUUCGUCUUUAAAAGUAGAAGAUUCUAUGAUAAUUCCUUAGACCCAUCAUUACAUUCUGCAUAUUUUGACAAAAUUCCAUGUGAGCCUUUUACUUAUGUCAGUUUAAUUAUUUUGCUGAUUGCUUUUUGGAACAUUAGGCAUUCAUAGUUUAUAUGUUUGCAUUUUAGUCAGUAUUACGUUCGUUUCAAUUUAGAAAAUUGACUAAAAUACAUAUAAAAAGAAAAGAAUUAAGAUUCUCAAUCCGGCCACUUAAUACUAGUAGAGGGUAGUUCAAAAAUCGGUGUCUCAAAACUCAGCCUUUUAGGCUUUGAGCCCUUCAAAUGGGGCAUUAAAAAAUUCUCACCAAGCUUUUCACACGAAUGAUACAUGUAAUUUUGACAUUUUAGUCUCGCAAAAAAUGGAAUUAAUUAUUGUCUCUACUUGUUUGAUGUUUUUUAUCUGUUUGAGAUUUAAUAGUCUUAAGAUAUACUAAUUUUAUCUUCCAUUAAACACAUACCAUAGAACUAAAAUUAUUAUUUGUUGCCUACAUUAUUACUGAAAAAAUUUUGUUAUUUUUGUGAUCAAAAAUAUGUUAAAGGCAAUCCAAUGUUUAAUGUCUUUGUAAUCUAGUUUUUAUACACUUUCCUAACCAAAGAAAAUCUAGUUCUUUUCCAUUCUUUCUAUAAAUUUUUGAUUAUGAAAUUUUAAGGUACCUACGCAUCCAUAGUGAUAACUGAUUUAUACGUUCAUGUACUCAUGAAAUUUACCCUUUUUUAUUGUUCAGUAUAAUAUACAUUCAUUACAA